AUGGUAGUAGGAAUACCCAAUGUGGGAAAGUCAUCGUUGAUCAAUACAUGGCGUUCUCAUAAUAUGGGCACAAAGCAAAGCGCUGUGAUAGAAGGUGAUGAAGUUAGCUCUAUGCGAUCUGAUCCUAGAGAGCGCUACGGGAAAAUCCGAGUCGAUACUACUGGUGAUUAUUCAUACAUCAGUCAUCUGGGAAUCAAGGGCGGGCCAACCGACAACCUUGAAAAACUUCUACUUCGAGUAUGCUCUGAGAAGGAUUUUCGAAAACGUUGCCUUAUUGGGCUCACGUACGAAGAUCGCUGGGAUUUCGAUCGUGCAAUAACGAUGUUCAUACAACUGUUUCGGAAAGGUGUUAUUCGGGACUGCUGUUUGGAUAAAGAAAUGCUACGGCCGUUCAUGUGA